GACAACCUGAUCUGGAGAAACCGUUCAUCUUCCUGCAGUGGAACUCUUCUGCUUGUUCAAUCAAACAGCCCGGUCCGCUCAAGGAGCAGUUCCACACGGUGAAACAUGGUGGAGCCCCACAGGAGACCUAUUUUUCUAUGCUGGAUGCCUCUGAGGGGUUGCUGACAGGAACAAGAAACAUUUUGGCAAACAUUUUCUUUCCAGCUGUCUGUGCAACUGAGAACUGGGGUGCACUAAACCUGUCCAAGCAUGGAGAGAAGGAGAAACAGAAUUUCAAAGAUGGCAUCCGUCGAUACAUUGCUUUCUUAGAUGGCACUAGAGUAAGCAUUGAGGGGGCUGUGAAGCUGAAGAAGACUACUCUCAUUGAUCUCUCCAAACUGCAGUCCUUCGAGGAUCUGAUGACAGCAGCCUCAGAUGUGGAUAUGAUUGAUCAGCUAGAGGAAGUGCUCAUGAUGUGGUACAAACAGAUAGAACAGGUUCUUACAGAAAGUGACCAGAUGAGAAAAGAGGCUGAUGCUUCAGGCCCCUUAACUGAGCUGGAUCACUGGAAACGAAUGUCUGCUAAAUUCAAUUCCAUCAUUGAGCACAUCAAUGGGCAUGACUGCAAGACUGUCAUCCAUGCUUUAAAUAUCAGUCGCUCCAAAACACUUAAACUUCUCCUUUUGUUUGUCCCAUAA